CUGUUAACAUUCAAGACUGUGUGGAAUCAAUCACAGCUGAGAAAAAUAGAAAUAGAAAAAGAGACCUGAUUCAAAUUGUGAGGCGACAAACUGAAUUAACUCAUAAACACGGUGACUAAAUGGAGGGGACGUAAUAGGAAGACCUGUAAUUUAUUACUGUUAUUUAGAGGUAUAUAACGGUAUUUGGGAACCUAGAUCCUGAAGGAUGUCUCGGAAAGGAAGAAGAUCAAGUGACCAUAUUUAUUAUGACAGGGCUCGUCCCAUAUCGGAGUACAUUACACUGAAUAGAAGGACAUCGGUCAGUCGUAAUGACCCAAGGUCACCUGAUGAGAUGAUGUUUUUAACUGCACAAAUGGAAUCUGAGCGAAAACUUCGCAAGGACACAGAGGAAAGAUGCAGACAGUUAAUGUUAAAGAUUGAGCACAUGCAGGCAAUACUAAAUCUUCGAAACGAGGCUCUCGAGAAAGAGAAGGUGGCACGUGAGGAGGCGGAGCAUAUGUGUCAAUCAUUACAAACCACCAUUGAUAAACUAGAGCAGUAUCUCAAGACAAGAAACACCACGGAAGAUCAACAGAUCAUUUCACAUUCAAAUGUUAACAACAUCUCCAUAUCACAAAUCACCAGACUACAGGGAGAGCUUCAGAUACGGGACGAGCAGGACGAGAAAUUCCAGAAGAAGGCUCAGAUCAAAGAACCCAUACAGCCUAGGACAGUUCCUGUAGCUGCCUUUGUCCAUACCAAAGAUGAACCAAACCGAACGUGCAAGACACCGAAAUUCCAAGACUUCCAGGACAACGAGAUAGAAUUCUAACCCCAAUCAAGGUUCAAACUAAUGGAAGAAUCUGUGAUAAUAUGUACUCAUAGCAUUACAUUAUAAAUACUGUGAAUUUACAUAAAGAAUUGCACUGAGAUUUAGCACAAAUUUAGUGCAAAAGUCACAAUUAUUGUUUAUAUG